AUGGUGGAGUUUGCACCCCUGUUCCUGCCAUGGGAGCGCCGGCUGCAGACCUUCAUGGUCCUACAGUGGGUCUUCUCCUUCCUGGCCCUGGCCCAGAUCUGCACUGUUGUCUUCGUGGGCCUCCUGUUCACAAGAUUCUGGUUGCUCAGUGUCCUGUAUGCGACCUGGUGGUGCCUGGACCGAGACAAGCCACGGCAGGGGGGCAGGGCCUUCCGAACCAUAAGGCGCUGCUUCUUGUGGAAGUACAUGAGGGACUAUUUCCCUGUCUCGCUGGUCAAGACCGCUGAGCUGGACCCCUCCCGGAACUACCUCGCCGCCUUCCACCCCCAUGGGGUCCUGGCUGCCGGAGCCUUUGUCAACCUGUGCACUGAGAGCACAGGCUUCCCUUCGCUCUUCCCUGGCAUCCGCCCCCAUCUGAUGAUGCUGACUCUGUGGUUCCGGGUCCCUUUCUUCAGGGACUACAUCAUGUCGGGGGGGCUGGUCACAUCAGACAAGGAGAGUGCAGCUCACAUUCUCAGCAGGAAGGAAGGUGGAAAUCUACUAGCCAUCAUUGUAGGGGGUGCCCAGGAGGCACUGAAUGCCAGGCCCGGAGCCUACACGCUGUUGCUGCAGAACCGCAAGGGCUUCGUCAGACUCGCCUUGAUGCACGGUGCUGCUCUUGUGCCGAUCUUCUCCUUCGGGGAGAAUGAAUUAUUUGACCAGGUUGAGAAUUCUCCUGGCUCCUGGUUGCGCUCCAUCCAGAACCGGCUGCAGAAGAUCAUGGGCAUCUCCCUCCCGCUCUUCCAUGGCCGUGGUGUCUUCCAGUACAGCUUUGGUCUUAUACCCUACCGCCAGCCCAUCACCACCGUGGUGGGAAAGCCUAUUGAGGUGCAGAAGACUCUGCAUCCCUCAGAGGAGGAGGUGGACAAGCUUCACCAGCGCUACAUCAAGGAGCUGUGUGACCUCUUCGAAGCCCACAAGCUCAAGUACAACGUCCCUGAGGACACACACUUGGAGUUCUGCUGAGCGCCUCACCAGAGGGCAGGACUGACAUUAGGGAGCCCAGCUGGAGGUGCUACAAUCUGGGAAGGCUUCCUGGAAGUGUCUGUUGAGCAUACCUUCACAGCCUUUCCAAACUUCUGCAAAUCCAACCGUGCCAGGCCCCAAGUCUCAGCUGCAAAUUUGGACACUGCUGAUUUGCACUCCCACUGCAAAGUCCCUGUGAGCCUCCCUCUCCUUGGCCUCCUCCUCUGUGAAGGGGACAGAGCGUCAGAAGAGAGUGAUUUCUGGGGUCUCUAUCCCCUGUUAUAAUGUCACUCAAUAGGCAGAGAAAGAGAGCAGUAACUGUCACCAGGUUUUCUUCCUCUGCCUUGAGUAACAGCACAAAAGAAGCUCUAAGCUCCAGCCCCGUCUCCUUCAGGCUCCCUCACCCUGUGCCUGCACGUCCCCUCUCCUCCCUCCUUGAGCCAGAGAGGAGGUGAUGGCCUUAAACCUCUGCACUCAGGCUAGGCACCUGUGGGUUUCUGGGUCCUCUGAACUGUAGACUGGCAGCCACAGGGGCCUGAAAGGUCAAUAAAGAGAACCGUGCUUUAUCACUGGCUAUAUGACAGUGGGCAGACCUCUUCACCCUCCCUCUGAGCCUCAGUCUCCCCGAUUGCCUGAGAUGAACCCUGAGUCUAAGCUCUGACAUUACACAGGCACAGAGCUCCAUGAGGCACCUUUCUCUCGUCCAUGGUGAUUUCAGCCCCUGACCUCGGCACAGGAAGGUGGGAGGUCUCCGUAAAUGUCAGUUCAACAAAUUCUGUUGUAGCCUUCUUCUGUUCGUCCCCAUCCCCCAACAAAGAGGGCUGGUCAAAGCCUCUCUUCCCUCGCCUGGCCCUGUGGCCCUGCUGUUCUAUCUCAUCUUCGCAGAAGGUGGAUCAGACUGGGCCAGAUAAUGCCAUGUUGACUCUUCCUUCCUUGUCUGAUGGCCCCAAGCUUACCACCCCUGGGCCUGUUCUGUUGGGCAAGAAGGUGAGAGGCUCUGUUAAGACACAGGGCAGACCAACACAGAGAAUAAAGACCAGAUGC